AUGGUUUCAUCCAAGUCUGUCGUGACUGGCCUGGCCCUGUCGGCCCUUGUGGGUGCUGCACCCACCAAGACAACAAAGUUCUCCAUCGACCAGGUCGCCGUGCCCAAAAUGCACUAUGUCGCCCCAGCCGUUCACUAUGCUCGCGCUCUGGCCAAGUACGGGGCUGAGAUCCCUGCCCAUGUUGCUGCCGCUGCUGCGUCCGCCCAGUCCGGCUCUGCAACAAAUACCCCUGUAAACGGCGAUGAGGAGUAUGUUACUCCUGUCACCGUUGGUGACAGCACUGUGAACCUAGACUUCGACACUGGUUCUGCUGAUCUCUGGGUCUACACCUCCAGCACCUCUGGAGGUGCUGGCCACAACUUCUACACGCCCAGCGCCAACGCCAACCAGAUCUCUGGCGCUACCUGGCAAAUUAGCUACGGCGAUGGCAGCUCUGCCAGCGGUGAUGUCUACCAGGACACCGUUGUCGUCGGUGGUGUGACUGCCACGUCUCAAGCAAUUGAGGCCGCUCAGACUGUCAGCAGUGAAUUCUCUUCCGAUACCAGCAACGACGGCUUGCUCGGUCUUGCCUGGAGCAGCAUCAACACUGUCCAGCCCACCCCGCAAAACACCUUUUAUGCCAACGUCCAGAGCUCUCUUGCCACCCCCGUUUUCGCUGUUACCUUGAAGCACAACGCUCCUGGUACCUAUGACUUCGGAUUCAUCGACAGCUCCAAAUACACCGGUACCCUUGCUUAUACCCCCGUUGACAACAGCCAGGGUUUCUGGUCCUUCACUGCCGACUCCUAUGCCAUUGGCGGUUCUUCCAGCAGCACUUCCCUCACCGGUAUCGCCGACACUGGCACCACCCUCCUGCUUCUCGAUGACACCACUGUUUCCAACUACUACGCCCAGGUCAGUGGUGCUGAGAACUCCUCUUCUCAAGGUGGCUGGGUUUUCGACUGCUCUACCACUCUCCCUGACUUCUCCGUUACCAUUAACGGUUACACCGCCACUGUUCCUGGCUCUUACAUCAACUAUGCCCAACAGAAUGGCCAAUGCUUCGGUGGUAUUCAGUCUGCCGGUAGCAUCGGUUUCAAUAUCUUCGGUGAUGUCUUCCUCAAGAGCCAGUAUGUCGUUUUUGAUGGCGCGAAUGUUCAGCUUGGCUUUGCCGCCCAGGCUUAA